CUCGUCUUCGAAAUCCGUAAAGAUGACUUUCAGGAUCGCCGUAAUCUUCGCCCUGCUGGCUGGCACCUUUGCAGACUCAGGGCCAAGAUAUCGUCCUCCUGUCCCCUCCUACAACGCCCCUGCACCCGCUCCUUCAGGUCCUGCGCAGUACGACUUCAACUAUGCUGUGCAAGAUAACUUCGGAAACGACUUCGGUCACCAAGAAAGCCGAAAUGGAUACGACACUCAGGGUACCUACUACGUCCAGCUCCCCGAUGGUCGUCUGCAGAGAGUAACCUACACUGUGAACGGCGACUCCGGUUUCGUAGCUGAAGUAACUUACCAGGGAGAGGCACAGUACCCAGCCCAGCAACCUGCCCGGUCCUAUCAACCUGCCCCAACCCCUGCAUAUGGCUAAAAAUCUUUAGGAAUUUUUAAAUUGUUUUAAGCAAUAAAAACUAUACAUUAAUA